GUUGCCUGGAAGAACAUCGCCACGGAAGCAAAGCUUCUAUUAAUCCCGGUGCGAUUCGAUCGUGCUUUGUAACUGCCAUUCUGACGGCUAAGAUCCCAAGAUAAUUUAUUGUGACAUUAAACUAAAAGAAAAAUGUUCAGGGUAUGACAGGCAGGAGUCAAUGGAUGAAAUGACACGGAAGAGGCCCCGGUUUGUGUUCUUCCAUCAGCUAGUGAUUGUAUCUAAAACAAGGGCCAUCCUCGUCAUCUUGUUUAUCCUGUUUAGCAUAUCGUUAAUCCUUUUAAUCCAUCAUCUCCCUAUCACUAAAGUAUCGUCCAGCUAUGAUGGUCGUCGUACAUUGCCACUCUGCCCGAACGUUUCUCCCCUUUCAGUUGGAUGGCUGGAUCUGUCAGCCGAGAUUCCGGCUCUUUUGGAUGACUCUGUUGCUUUCCAAGACACGAUGACGAACGCGGGAUUGAAACGAGGUGGCAGUUAUAAACCAACAGAUUGCCAGGCACGAUGUAAAAUCGCUUUGAUUGUACCCUAUCGAGAUCGCGAGCAACAGUUGACAGUGUUCCUGCGUUACAUGCAUCCGUUCCUGCAGAGGCAACAGCGACACUACACCAUUUUCAUUGUCGAACAGACCGGUGGUUUACCUUUUAAUCGAGGCAUGCUGCAUAAUAUCGGAUUCGUAGAGGCCAAACGCCGUGAAGAAUUUGAAUGUUUCAUUUUUCACGAUGUCGAUAUCCUUCCGGAAGAUGACAGGAAUCUCUACUCGUGCCCGGAUCAUGGCAGACCCCUUCACAUGUCCUUUGUUAUUGACGUUCACGAUUACAAGCCGGUGUCGUUAAUGUUCCUUUUCGGCGGAGGAGUGAUUGCCAUUUCGGAGUUGGAUUUCAUCCGUGCCAAUGGCUACUCGAAUGCAUUUUGGGGUCCGGGACUAGAAGACGAUGAUUUCUAUCGUCGCAUCAGACGAUUGAAUAUGACUGUCGUUCGACCUCAAUGGCCAGUGGAUCACCUGAGAUACAGGACGCUCUAUCACGAUCCGGUGGAUGUCGAUCCGCAGAGACAGAGGCUUUUUGAUGAGGGUCACCUUCGAUACGAAUCGGAUGGACUUGCCAAUCUGCGAUAUCGUCUCAUUGAUUUGCAAAUGAAACCACUUUACACUCACAUCGUGGUCGAUCCAAUAGCUCUGUACAAAGAAAACGUUUAAUUCAUUAGGAAUAAUCAGAAUGGAAUAGA